AUGCUGAGCUCACGACGAGCAAUUUUGCUCAUUUCAAACCUCGUAUCUGAAAGCGAUGAGCAACACUAUCAAAAAAUGGUGACGACCACGGAAUUCCGAAAAGAAACGUGUAUCGAGGGAGUCGAAGAGAAAGAUAUGCUGUUACCUGGUCAGAUAUCUUCAACGGUCCCUGAAUCAAUGAGCAAGAAUAAAAAAGUGCUAUUCCUUGGAAUAAUCGUUUCUGUAUUUCUGGCAAUGGUUACCUAUCACUGUUACGAGUUGCAUUAUUUGAAAUGGUCUCCGCUUGCUAUCUCAGUGCUGCUGACAUUUUUGAUCGGGAUCUCCUCCAUCCUUUGUUUUUAUCUCUACAAAGAAGACGUUGGCCAAAAAUUCGAUGAUGGACCUGUGAAUUACACAAAUAUCAACCCUAAUGAUGCUGCAUGGAACAAAACAUUGAUGGAAUAUUUGAAUACAAAAGAGUCCAGUUCCGCGUUAUGCAUGAAAACACCGUUUUGUGUCCGUACGAACAGAUUCGACGAGAAGGAUGUUCCACACGACACGCUCUGCGAAACAAAGAACUGUCCUGGAAAUUAUAGCAUAUUGGUGAUUGGGAAUAGCUAUGCCUUUAAUCAAGCCGAUAUCAUUUACAACUCUUUCCGGGAUCAGUCAAGCGAACUGAACUUCUUCUCUUUUUCAGGAUGUGAAUUUUUGACGGCAACCGAUCCAAGGAUAUGUGCUCAUCAGAACUAUAAUUACUCUUUUAUUUUACAUACGCUAAACCCGGAUAUCAUAUUUGUGAUAGCUAGGCCGUUGGAUGGAAGAGCACGACUUGAUCCAUUAAAAUCCAUCGAGGAGGAUAAAAUCUUCAACGACUAUAUGAAUCGUAUAAAGGAAGUUGAAGAAGUGGCAAAAAAGGAUGGUCUUAUUAAAAAAGACGAAUUCUUUGCUCGUGAACGUAUAUCAGAAGUGGGGAGACGGUGUAAAAAAUGUGAAAUCAUCGACUAUAUGCCUUAUCUUGUGGACGAAAAUGGUCAUUAUCUUGGAUACAAUCCGAAAACGAACCUCAUGUAUUACGACACUCUGAAUCAUUUCAAUCGAUUCGGCAAAGAACGCAUCCAAUUACUGUACAAUAAACUUGCAAAAGAGUUAAAAUCUAAGAAGCUUUAA